GCACACAAUGUUGCCUGUGAGCGUCAACAUGUCGCUGGCGUCUCGACCCUGAUGCAACAGGAGUUGUGAAGAGUAAAAAAGAGUCAAGAAGACACAAAGACACAGAGACGCAGAGACACAGAGACACAGAGGAGCGGGACUUUACCAACGCUUAUUCCACAACUCAUUUAGGCCUAUCAGAAGCAGGGGCAAGCUGCCGGGCGAUCUGAGUGUUUCCUGGCUUUGAUGCGACCCGAGUGUGCCUGGAGCAUGUCCACAGUGGGUCUGACUGCCCAGGAGAUCUCUUUUCCCAUAGAAAACCCCUUUCUGCGGGGCAGCUACUGUCACAGCAUGGCUGGAUCCAAAUCCUCCUGGAGCCAUCGCCAUGAGCUGAACAACUUCUACUUCAGUAUGAACGGUUCACACACAGAUCACAGCCCUCCAACUCAACAUAAGGGGCCACCACCAUCGUCUCUAAGUUAUGAGAGACAUAAACACAGUCCCCAAACACAGAGGUUACCUUCAAAGAAAUACCGGCCAUCCCAUCUCUCCCUGACCUUCAGUGCUGAACCCUCCACCCCAAGUCCUGUUGAUGACGACCAGGUGGUCCCCUCAUUCCAGAGGCUCUCGGUGUACGAAUGCAGCAGCCCACCACAGACGCCAGACAGAUGCUCCAAGCCUCUGCCCCCCAUCCCUCCACACAAAGACAUCUCCCUCGAGCAGGCCGUGGACAGCGAGGUGGAGUUUUUCACAAAUUCAGAUGACAGCUGCUGUCUGGUUUCUGACCAGUAUCCAAAAACCUCUCUUUUUCGAUAUGGACUCCACAGCCGAAGGAGCUUUAGGGACUGUGGGAAGAUCAACUAUGCGUACUUUGACGGUUCAUUAGCACCACAAACUCAUAAACAGCCUGAGCAGCACCAUCGGACACAUCCUCAGAAGGAAGUACAGGAACACUAUGAGCAGCAGCAGCAGCAGCAGCAGCAGCAGCAGCAGCAGCAGCAGCAGCGACGGGAACGGCCUGAACCGGUGGUGUGUCAGAGACAGCAGGACAAGGCUCAGAGGAGGCUACGACGCUCUCACUCUGGCCCAGCUGGAUCUUUAAACAAGCCCUCGCUGCUGCGCCUCACUUGCUCCAAACGCCACACUCACAGUAUGGAUAAACCAGAGGUGCCACCCCCUAUCCCUCCUCGAAUGAAGACAGGAGAUUACCGCCGCUGGUCAGCAGAGGUCUCGUCCGGGGCCUAUAGUGAUGACGACAAACCACCUAAGGUUCCGCCAAGAGAACCCCUGUCCACUGGUAGCUCUCGCACCCCCAGUCCCAAGAGCCUCCCAACUUACAUUAACGGGGUGAUGCCCCCCACGCAGAGCUUUGCACCAGAUCCUAACUAUGUGAGGUGUCGAGGUUUACACAGACAGAACAGUGAGUGCUCUUCGCUCAUCGUCCCUGUUAUGGAGGGCGGCGAGAAGGUCAGCAACACGCAUUACUAUCUCCUAGACAAGUCUGCCGUUCCCAACACAGAUGUAUCGGACUCAAACUGGGACAGUUACACCAGGCGGAAUGUGGAUUUAGUCUGAACAUUUUCUUUGUGGAAGUAGCAGAGCAGACUCUACUGUACAUGAGCAAAAAAACCACUUGACAUAACGGUGAAACUGGACACUUAACAACCCACAAAUUGCUGCUUUUCCUUUAUAUAUAUAUAUAUAUUUUUAUUUUUUUUUGGUUAGUAACCCCUUUAUGUAUUCUGAUCCCACAGGGUAUGUGCACACUGUAUUCAGUUACUGGUAAUAAUGGAGUAGCCGUCACAAUCGAGAUACUUGAUGUAAUAAUUGUGUCUCUGACUAAAGGUUGUGGGCAAAGUUCAACACUGUAGAGCUUAUUUUUGAUAUGAUGUUUAUUUCAUGACAUUCAAUAACGUGCUGUUUUUUGUUGACCAUGUGGUUCAGUCCGAGGGUACGAGCUGGCCUUGAACCUUGUGCUCAGUAUUUUAUGUCUGUGAGGUUGAGGCUGUUUUUUUGUGAGAUGCACUAAGGCUUUUUUUUGUGUCUCAUUUGGGGACAGAAGGUCAGUAAUGUAACCAUGGGCCGCUUAAUAUAUGAAGUCUAAACUCGAGGCCAAUUAAUUUUUAACAAAGUGAAGGAUGCUCGCACACAAAUCUCCAUUCUCUCUGUUUGCUGUCGUAUAUCAACACCGAUGGUUUGCUUCCCUGUCUUGAUGAAGUGUCGGUCUUACCCAGGCCGCGAUCACUAUUUCUGUGUAGAUUCGCUUCCCACGUAGCAUGUUGUCAUGGUACAUUUUGUCCUUAGACGGGAUACAUUACAGGUAGCUAAGCGUGUUUCCAUUGGAAUGUCUAGUGCAGCUUAUAUGGUGUAGUUGUCUGUUCGUGAGUGUGUUUGUGUAAACGUGUGUGUGUGCGUGUGGACAACGGUUGAAAAAAAGUGUUCUGGCGAUGUUUUUAUAGCGCGACGGUCUACGGUGAAGUAGAAAAUGGUCCGCGCCAUAUUUGUUACUGUGCUCUGCUCGUUUUGCAGCGCCUGCUUUUGAGCUCAGCCCAUGAGAAAAGUGCACGCGUUCUGAUUGCUUUCUUUUCAGUGACCAGGUCUUGUUUUCUUUGCACGGACAUCGACCUGUCGGAAACCCAAGUGAAUGUAUGCUAUUCUUACAGAAGUUCACUUCACAGUCAAGCUGUGACUCAUUGCUUGGAAUGAUUUUUGCCUCGAUUACUACCUCCCUUUUUUGAUAUGAACCCUGCGCUUCAUAUGCUUCACAUUUUAAAAUUGUGUCAUACGGCAAAAUCUCUAACGCUACAAUACACAGAAGUCCUCGUGCGACGCACGGCAACGCUUUAAUUCACUGCAGAGUAACGCAACGUAUAACCAACACAUCUGAAUGAGUGAAGAUCAGGCAGAUCAAAGAUCAGAGAUGUGAGGCUAGCCUGUUAAUACAGAUGCAUUACAAAGACAGUGCAGGGUUUACCUACCUGACACAGACUUUCCUGUUCUGCUCAUACAUUCCUGCCUUACAUGAUUGCAGUGGGUGUGGUCUGAGAGACUUUGGCUGCUGGCAGCCUAGAAAAUAUAUGAACUUUAUUGUUGUAGAUUGUUCGAGAAACAACCGAAUGAUGUGGUGAAUGUAGCAUAUGUAUUGAAGAAGCCCUUGGUAUCGAACACUGUGUUCAAUUUGGGAAAUGUAACUGCUAAGGUCAAACGGUCAUUGAAGUAUACUUCUCUCCCACUUGCUCACAAACCCUUGCCAACACAAUGUUGCUUUUGACCUGUUUUUUGUUUUGUUUUUAAAAAGUUUACAUCAUACACUGAUACUAUUUAAUCUUAAGGUAUUCAGAUGUCUUAUUAGAAAUAAUAAUAAUUAAAAUAAAAAAUGAAUGAAGAGUAGUUUAUUGAGACAUUAAACUCUGCUGUGGUGAAGACAUGCACUGGGAGAGUACAGUAUGCUGUGUACAGUAUUUAACUAUUCCAUUUGUUAAGAGAAGUUGAUGAGUAUAUAGUCUUUUUAAUAGAAAAACAAAAUAAAUGAACUUAUUUAUGA